CGAAGACGCGGUUCAAAAACAAAAGGAAUAAGUCACAGCACCGUGUGAGACACAAACAGCAAAAUGGCAAUAAAAUCAUGUGCUGUGGGAACCAAAAAUACAGCAAUGCAGUAUCACUGUAAUUUGUAAUUUACAUUUUUAGAACUGUUUUGCAUGUGGAGGGUUACAGAACGACCACACUGAUCUAUGAAAUACAGUACAAAAAACGCUACAGAAACUCUUCACCAUCCCAACACUAAAUUAACCAAAAAAAAAGAGAGAAAACCUUCCCCUAGAUCUCAAGAAGUUAUAGUGUCCACUUUUGACAACCUUUGAAUUCAAGUGUUUCUUUUAAUUUAAUUUUCUUUUCAACGCAGUAAGUGUUUGGCGCGCCGGGGCGGGGCCAUGACCCCGGCUGAUUACGGAAAGGACUCGUCACAUUUUACCGUCAGUAACGCCUCAAUCCGGUCUGGGCUGUGGCAUUCCAUGCACAUGGAAGGAUACCAAUCGAUAUGUAUUUUCUGUGCUUUUUUUUCCACACUGUUGAAUAGCACCUACCUGUUGCGUAAAUUCCACCAGAAAAUACGUGAAGUUUGGUUUGGUUUUUGCCCACUUUGUAUUGUGUAUAUGAAAUUUUCCUAACAACAAAAGUAAAUUAAUAACAUAUAGAUUGUUUAGCAUCAAAUUACAACCUUUAAAAUAAAUAAAUACAUCAAAUAGGCCAAUCACUAUAUAAUUUUUUAAAAAGUUGUUUUUAAUAAACUGUUGUAUUUUUAUCCAGAAUGUGCGAGUGUGCCCUGCGAUGGGCUGGCUCCCCAUCCUGGGUUGUUCCCUGCCUCGUGCCCGUUGCUUCCGGGAUAGGCUCCGGACCCCCCGCAACCCAGUAGGAAAAGCGGUUUGGAAAAUGGAUGGAUGGAUAUAUGUCACUUGUACCAUCUGCUAUCGAGUCAUAGGAUUGCCAUGAAAACAAUAAAUUGUUGCGUCAGAUUUAGAGUAACGCUAGAUGGCGCUAAAGGGAGUGUGUGACGCCUUUUCUUCACCGUGGACCCCGACCAGCGCUUCAUUCAAGCAGACGACAAACUUUGGAAAGGUUGGGGGAGCCGUGCACCCUGUAGGAGAAUCACAGCGACUAUCCCUCAGACUACAUGUUAAGGUUUAACGUCGACUUAAAGAUUCAUUUGAUGCCCGUAGCGGGACGAUCUAACCACGGACUCUCUACAAAACCUCGCUAAAGCCGAAUGAAACUAUGCCGAAGUUAAAGAAACGGAGUAAUCACCUGUCGGCAGACCGCGGAGAGGAGGAGAGGGGAACCCUGGAGAAAAUGUUGCCUCCUGAGAGACAUGAAAAUGGGCAGGCAAUACAGCCGAGUGUGACGAAGCAGGGAACGCCGUCCACUGAGUCGUUUUCGGAGGAUACGGUGGUCCUGAAGAGGACCAUCACCCUGGUCAACGGCGUGGCCAUUAUCGUGGGCACCAUCAUCGGCUCGGGCAUAUUCUUGACCCCGACCGAGGUGGUGAAAGAAGUCGGUUCGCCUGGGAUGUCACUGAUCAUAUGGACCGUGUGCGGCUUGUUCUCCAUGGUGGGCGCUCUCUGUUUUGCCGAGCUCGGCACCACCAUCUCCAAGUCGGGAGGAGAUUACGCUUACAUUCUGGAGGUGUACGGUCCCUGUCUGGCUUUCUUGAAAUUGUGGAUCGAGCUGCUGGUCAUCAGGCCGUCCACGCAGUACAUCGUCGCCUAUACGUUUGCUACCUACCUCCUGAAGCCCCUCUUCCCCGGCUGCUCGGUCCCCGGACAGGCGGCCAAGCUCGUCGCUUGCUUGUGUAUCUUGCUGCUGACUGCUGUUAACUGCUGUAGUGUAAAAGCAGCAACGAUGGUCCAGAACAUCUUCACGGGGUCCAAGCUGCUGGCUCUGAGCAUUGUGAUCAUCCUUGGCUUUAUCCAGAUCGCCAAAGGUGAAACUCAAGGCCUCAGCUUACAGAAGUCAUUUAAAGGGACCAAUUGGGACGUUGGGGAUAUUGGCUUGGCUUUCUAUAACGGCCUUUUCGCAUAUGGUGGCUGGAAUUAUUUGAAUUUAGUCACAGAAGAAAUGAUCGAGCCUUACAAGAACCUUCCACGGGCCAUCGUGAUCUCUCUGCCUCUUGUGACCAUUGUCUACGUGCUCACCAACCUGGCCUAUUUCACCACGCUCACCCCAGAAGAGAUGAUGCAGUCUGAGGCUGUUGCUGUGGACUUCGGGAAUCGGCUCCUGGGUCUGAUGGCCUGGGUGAUCCCCGUGUUUGUGGGUCUGUCAUGCUUUGGCUCUGUUAACGGGUCGCUCUUCACCUCCUCCAGGCUUUUUUUUGUAGGUGCCCGUGAAGGUCAUCUGCCCAGUUUGCUGUCCAUGAUCCAGCUCUCUCUGCUGACCCCUCUGCCAUCUUUGAUCUUCACUUGUGUUAUGACGCUGCUCUAUGCCUUCUGCAACGACAUCGUCUCCGUCAUCAACUUCUUCAGCUUCUUAAAUUGGGUCUGGAUUGCCAUGGCAAUCGCUGGCAUGAUGUGGCUGCGUUACAGAAAGCCUGAGUUAGAUCGGCCAAUCAAGGUGAACCUUCUGCUGCCGGUGAGCUUUGUGUUGGCCUGCUUAUUCCUCGUCGUGGUAUCCUUUUGGAAGACGCCUGUAGAAUGUGGCCUCGCAGUCAUUGUCAUCAUCACAGGCAUCCCCGUCUACCUUCUCGGUGUCGUCUGGCGCAACAAACCCAAGUGGCUCCAGCAGGCCAUAAUUUACUCCACGGUGUUUGGUCAGAAGCUCUUGAAUGUCGUUCCCCAGGAUCUUUGAGAGGCUCUGAGAGGGAUCAUGCUGUCUGUAGCCAGUCUCACCAAUGCAUGCUGGGUCAGCAGCUGUCCCACCACCUCUCUGGGGGUCCUGCGGCAGCCCGGGAUCCUGAGCUCUGUCCAUGUUCCAUGUUCCUUUUCAUGUCUCACAUUUCCACUCAGAUUCUGCUGCCCAUUUCAGUUCACAUUCCAGUUCACAUUCCAGCUCUGUCCCCCACUGGUAUUCCUACUUGUCUGAUUUUCUUGCCAUUCCUCUCGCCUUGUGCAAUCUUCACUGGAGGGGUAUUCUCAGAACAUCAUACAUGGCGAAUUAGUUAAACACUAAGAUUAGAGUUACUGGAUCGUAGAGUUGCUAAUGGGUGGUGAAUUUCCAGAAACUUUCCAUCCUAUGGGAAGUUUAGCAGGCGAACUUUAGAAAUAUUCCUAGUCGGAAACUUUCAGUGGGAAUUACUGGGAAUAUAUUGGAAUUAAUGGAAAAUUCACAGAAUUUUGCAACCUUGACUGUACCAAUGAAACACACAGACAAAAACAGAUGAAAAUUCCUAAACUGGGUAGGAAUAAGCAAGGAGAUGAUCGACAGUACAAAAAACGCACACAGACGAUAAUGAUAAGAACCAGUAUUUCUGACAAUGUUUUGGAAUUCUAAAGAUUUUUAAGUCAUUACUCGCCAAACUCCAUAGAGUUGUUCUGCUGGUUGAGCAGCCUAAGUUCAUAGGAACACUGUAACUUUAAAAAAGUGCCAUAUCAAUGUGUCAUGAAAUGUAUUUAUUUUUGCGGCAUUCCGUUCUUUUAUAAUGAAACAUAUAACAUUUAAAAUAUGGCUGUACAGUACAGUGUCUGUAUGGCAUAACUGAAAAGUCCUGCAACUGGACAGCAGAAAUGGAAAUGAAGUUACAUUAUAUAUAGGGUGUCCUGCAGAAUAUUAAUGGUUCCACUUUUAAAAGGCCAAAAAAAUACAGGUAAAACUAAUUGUGUAAAAAUCUUUAUCAAGGAAUGUUAGUGUUAUAACUUUAUAAUAUAAACCCCUCAGGAUAGUUUAGUGGGUGCAUCAAACACGAUACAUGGUGAUUGUGUAUUUUUCAUCUUAACAGCACACGCACGACGUUUCAGUGCUGCCGCUGCGUGUUGGGAAGCAUUACAGUAGCGUAAUUAGCGGAGUGGGAGUUUCUUUCCGGGCAGGGUUGGGGAAAUGUGUCAGCGCGCCGAUAAGGGGCGAUAACACAAAUCCGGAUUAACUGGUGACAUUAACGAAAAUCUGGCGAACUUAAACAAAAGUAAGUUUACAUAUGGAUGUAAACCUUUAUAAAAAUGUUAAUUGCUUUGUUUUAUGUUUUAUAUUUUUUAUCUGUAAAUAAACAUUGAGACGAUAUGUUCAA